UGAAUGUUCUUCUUGCUACCUUAAACAUUAGUGGAAGUAAGAACGCCAUAUUAUGGAAAUUUUUUUUAAAUAUGGUAGUAAUCAAAUCCUACAGUGACUAGAUCGUAUUGAUCAAAUGCCAUUUUAAACUCAAAGCAAAAAAUCAAGAUGGGAUUGAUUGAUGAAUAGUUAUUCAAGCACCAUCCACAGAUGCAGUUAAUAUAGGUUUAUAUAAAUUUGUUAUCUAUUUGGUGAUUUAAUAUCGUGAUUCAACAGAUAUUUGGCAAUUCUGCAUUAACAAAUACAAAUGUGCAACUAAAAUUAUAAAAUUUAUUGCUAUUAGGACCAUUAACCAUUUUGCGAUAAAUAAUUUUACAAGGACAAAUGAUUUUGUAAUUCACGUUAUUCUGUAAGGAUAUGAUGGAUAAUGUCUGGCUGGAAUCGGGUAUUACAUACAUAUCUUUUUUAUGGAAAACUAUCGCGCUCGAUUUAAGUAAAUGAUUUCAUGCAUAUGCAGUUCACUGAGAUCGACUAGUGCAUAUUAUUUAAACUUUAUCUUGAUGAUUUCUUGACAAUGGAACCGUACAAUAAGAAUGAUAAUUUUGUGCGUAAGCAAUGGUUUAAUGAAGGUGAAUCCUUUUUCCACACUUGUGGAUUGAUUGUGGCUGUGACGGAUAUCGGCAAACGCUUCUUAAUAACAUGGAACACGUAUAAUUUACUACAUUUUCUCUUUAAGAAACCUAAAGGUAUUUUAACAGUUAGAAUUCCACUACCCAUAAGGGAAGGAAACUAUCUCAGGAGCGUGCAUGCUUUAAAGUACUCCACGAUUUUUCUUAUGUCAGAUGGGAAGGUCUACUGCAUUGAUUCUUUUAAGAAAUUGCAUUUAAUAAAGUGGCUCUGUGGAGUUCUUUGUUUAUGUAUCGUGGACCAAGGAUUCAGCGUAAUACGAAUGAAGAACAAACGCAUACUGUUGCAGAUGUUUCUUGGUUUUCCUAGCAUAGAAAAGAAUAAGUGCACGCUGCAACAAACGUUCAAUAUUGCUUUCGACGAGAAAAUAAUAUUUCACAGUAACUGGAAGCAUGAUGAGUACACGCUGACGACAUUAAAGGUAUCCGAAAAAGAAGAAUUGUUCGUGCGUAAGAUGAUUGGGACAAAAGCUGUGAAAAUGGAUUACGUCCAUAUAUUUAGUUUUAAUGGAUAUGUGUUUGCUUUAACAUCUAAUCAUGAAGGCAUAUCAAAUAGUACAUAUAAAGACCAUCACAUCGAGCUUCUAAGCGUGUAUGCAGCACAAGUAAGGUCCAUCCGAAUAAUUCCAAUUAAGAACCUUUGGUUGAUAUUUCUUAACACUGGAAGUAUUGAUAUUUGGUAUCAGUCUAGCGUCCUCAAAAUAAAACAGCGUCAAAUUCAUAAUACGGGUUCUAAAUGGCUUGACUACGAUGCGACGAGUAUCAAUGGCGACUUCUAUUUCACUGACGGCGACAGCCUUCAGCGCCUUAGUUUCCAGUACAACGUCCACCUUGACGAGUGCAUUGUACGCACUGUAAUCAAGUCUGUUGCUGGCAUUCAUGGGUGCACUUGGGUAGAUCACACAAGAGAAUUGGUUUGCCUUGGUGACAACAACAUUUUCUAUCGUAUAAAAUUCGACAUAUCCGAAGAGAAAGCCAAAUUCCGUAAUUUGUCAAGGAGUUUAACGGAUGAUUUUUCACCUACAGCUAUUAUGCGACUGCAGAACAAAGUAAAAGCCUUUCGAAUGUAUGCAAGACAGUCAACUUUGCUCCACCAAAAGUUAUAUAUGGAGCGUGAGACGCAGCAGCUCAUUUCUGUGAUAAAAAAUUUCCAAAAAUUCAGCGCGGCCAUUAAAAUAAAUGUAGAGUUUCAUAGAUACGUGCCCAGCAGUGAAAGGAAUGUUGUGCUUCUGCAGCCAGCGCUGGAUUUGGGACUGCACACAAAUUGUAUAUAUGCCGUGAUAGAUCUUAUACUUUUCGAUAACCAGCCCCUUUUGGAAAGUACCCACUGGAAUCUUUUAAUAUUUUAUAGUAAGCAUGUCUACGUCUACCUUUUGCCCACAGAAAUAAUUGUAAAGAAUAAAUUUCAAAUGGUGUUCGUAUUAAAAACAUCGAAAAACGGACCUAUGCCCUAUAUUAAAAUUCAGUUAGUUGGUUUGAUUAAAUUUAAUAGCAAAAUAUAUACUGUGUUGUUUCCCAUUUCAGUAGAAAGUAGUUCCUUUACUUAUCGAUAUCUUUUUAACGGGGAUCCAGCGGAUGGAUUCGUACGUGACGAUAAUGUAAACAAAAAAAAUUAUCCAUUAAUUAGACAGGCAAUAAGACUAGAUGGGUUAUUUUUUUCCCGAAUAGAAAACUUAUUUAACACUAAUAUAAAAGUUGAAGAUAACUCUCUAAAGCUGUAUCAUAUAAAUGAAAAGCUACAAUUACUAAGCCAUAAAAACAUAAACGAAACUCAUUUAAGUGGAAUACUUGAAAGUACCGAUGCCUUAGCGAUAUACUACUUCAAGCAACAUAUUCUUCUGAAUUCGGAAAUACUGAAAACUAAACCUUCGCCAAAAAAUGAUGAGUUUACCUUUAAUAAAAUAAUGAGCGACGCUAACCGAUUGUUCCAGACACAAUCAAAUGAUGGAUUGUGCAGCAGGGUGUUUCGCUUAAAAUCGAAAUAUACUAAUAUUAGGAAUGCCGUUCAUUAAUAAAUAUUAAGAUAAUGAUUUAUAUUUUAAUUAUAUUUACGAUUUUAAAAUUUUAAACAGCAAUCUGAUUAUUCAUGCAACAUAGCCAGAACGUUACCAAUACUUCGUUAUAAUUAUUAAAUAAAUGGGUCACAUUAAAAAAGAACGUACUAAAAGUAAUAUUUACGUGAACUAAUUUAAUAAUUAUAUUUACGAUUUUAAAAUUUUAAACAGCAAUCUGAUUAUUUACGCAACAUAGCCAGAACGUUACCAAUACUUCGCUAUAGUUAUUAAAUAAAACGGUCACAUUAAAAUAGAACGUACUAAAAGUAAUAUUUACGUGAACUAAUUUAAUAACUAACUAAUAUUUUAUUAUAUUAGUUUUUAUUAAAUACUUCAUUUCACCAUUGCAAUACAUUUUUUAUCUAAAUGUUAUCGGGUCUUAAUUGUAAUUACAUUUUACAGUGGGGAAAACGAUAAUAAUAUAAUAUAAUUUUAUAAUGUACCAUAAAGAAGUGUAAUUUAUUGAUACAAUAAAAACAUCAAGUCCACGUAAAUACAUAUGUAAAUUAUACA